AUGGAGUUCUGUUAUGAGUCAAAAUCAACCAUUAGUAUGGAGUUUCAGACACGGACCAUCACUCUUCAGGGCAAACUCGUUAAAGAUCAGAUCUGGGAGUCAAGAAAGUCGUUCAUCCCGUUUAGCCGCCGUUGCAAUUCCGCCGUGACCGCUGCUGUUCCAAACCGUCGGCGUUCCAAACCGCCGGCGUUCCAAAUUGUAAGUGUCGAAUAG